GGUCUGUUCUCCGGUGUUUUGUCGCUGUUAGCACCUGCCGCCGUUUCUCCGUCACGUUUUUGGAUCCGUUUCACCACCAGCUAACCGGGGGAAACAUUAACCGACCUCUCUGCUGGAUUAAUCACCGCGGAGCCCGACAGGAAGCAUGUCCACCGCCCUGGAGAGCUACAUUAACCGCACUGUGGCCAUCAUCACCUCAGACGGCAGGAUGAUUGUGGGCACUCUGAAGGGCUUCGAUCAGACCAUCAACCUGAUCCUGGAUGAGAGUCACGAGCGAGUGUUCAGCUCCAGUCAGGGGGUGGAGCAGGUGGUGCUGGGACUCUACAUCGUCAGAGGAGACAACGUGGCCGUGAUCGGGGAGAUUGACGAGGAAACAGACUCCACCCUGGAUUUAGGAAACAUCAGAGCCGAGCCGCUCAACUCCGUCGUCCACUGACCUCUGACCUCCCCUCACUCUGUCUCCACGGCGACAGAUGACAGCAUGACUCAGCUGUGUGUAUAUGUGUUGCAGGAGCCUGUUUACUGAUGCAGGUUCACUGAGUGGUCUGGACCAGCUGAGACCUCGAAUCUGCAACACGGACUGAAGUUAAAUUAAAAAAUGUUCCCGGAGGACUCAGUGAACCUUCGUCCGCUAACAGACUCCUGCCCCGACGUUCCUCUGUUUGUGUUUUUUUUAUAUGAAUAAAGAGCUGAUAGAGUUGUUAGAUGAACUUUUUAUGCUUCGGUCAGUUUGUGGCAGAUUGAGAUCGUUUAAAUAAAGUUUCAUUUCUCACA